UAGGCUAUGCACGUGAAGCGGCAUGCCCCGAUGCACUCGGAAAAAUGCGAACAGCCUAACUACAUCAUGUACUCCAAGUAUCUGCGUCUAUCUGCGUUCGUCUGUUUGUAGGAUCAUGGAGAGAUGUUGUCCAGGACGCUCAUGACAGCUGCAGCCCAUGCAUCAACCACCCACGUUCACCCCACUACCUCCAUUAUAUCCCUCACCUCCCCCUUCACCCGCAACUCCCUACGCACGCUCCAGAGCGCCCUCAUCGCGCACGCAACAACUCCUUGUUCCGUUGUCGACGGCGUACCUGGCGUGCUGCUCGAGCUGCGAGGCGGAAAGCUGAGGUCCCACGCUGGCGAAGUCAGGUAUGACGCUUCGUUCCUAGACACUGCGCUCAGAGAAACUCAAGGAGAAGUAGGUCUCAAUGCUGGGCAGGUCGAUAUUCUCAGCCAAUUUGGCCCGCCCGAGCGAAGUCUAAUGGGUCUUAGGGUAUGGCCUUAUGUUGUACGUUUGGUCUCGCUCUCCAUGAACGACCCCUUGCCCUCUAUCUCGCUUUCCUCGCUCACGAUGUCCCAGCCCGAGGUAGCGACCGUCUUCCACCUUCCCCUCUCCGCAUUUGUGUCCCCUGCACGUAUCAGGCCUGAUAUGUUCCGCGCCACCAACCUGUAUUGGGCUAUCGAUGUUUCUGACCUUGUGGAGGGGUUCGAGGGGGUAAGCGAUCCAUUAGGACGACCGGAAGUGGGUGGUGGGAAGGAGGGUCGCUUAGAAGUUUGGGGGUUGACAGGUUGGUAUAUGUCACUGCUCAUGAGGAUCCUACGGGUGUAUACUUGA